AUGUCUUACGCUGACGCUGCUGCAUCAUCUGGUCCAAUUGGAGCCGAAAAGAUCCCUGAACCAACCACUGUCAAGUCCAGCCCUGUCUCCGGAAACAUCGAAGUCGUUGCUGAAGACAAAUUCGAUGAAUUGAAGAAAGCCGCUGAAUCAGAUGCUGGCAAGUUCGAAAAGGAUGCCAAAGCUUUUGAAAAGAAGGCUAAGAAGGAUAUUAAAAACUUUGAAAAGAAGGCUAAGGAUGAAUACAGUGACUUGGUUGCCCUUUUGAGUAAAAAGUAUCAAGAGGCUAGCGCAUAUACAAGCGAAUUUUUCUCAAAUUUGGGAGACAACACUUCCAAGAUUGUUGCGAAAUCAUCUACUGAAUUAGAAAACCCUGUUGUUGUUAUCCAAGCAGUAGCAGGUAUCAGUGGUAUCGUUGCAGGAUACAUUGGGUAUUUGGAAAGACAUAGAAUUAGAACUGACAGUAAUGUCGUGUUAGCUAUCCACGGUGCAGUUAUAACCGGUUUAAUUGGUUUGGACGUUUACUUAUUUGGAAAGUACUAUCCACAGUAUGACAAAAAGAGCAAGAAAUUGUAA